AUGCUGGUUUCAAACAAUUCAUAUGUUGCCCCCCAAUCUUUUAUUCUUAAUGGAAUUCCUGGUCUGGAAAGAGUACAUGUAUGGAUCUCCCUCCCACUCUGUACAAUGUAUAUCAUCUCCCUUGUGGGAAAUCUUGGCCUUGUGUAUUUUAUUUACUAUGAGGAGUCCUUACAUCGUCCAAUGUAUUUCUUUCUGGCCAUGCUCUCCCUCAUUGACCUCCUUACCUGCACCACCACGCUACCCAAUGCACUCUGCAUCUUCUGGCUCAAUCUCAAAGAAAUUAACUUCAAUGCUUGUUUGGUCCAGAUGUUUUUUGUUCAUGGAUUUACUGGUGUGGAGUCUGGCGUGCUCAUGCUCAUGGCUGUGGACCGCUAUGUGGCCAUUUGCUACCCUUUGCGCUAUGCUACCAUACUCACUAACACUAUCAUUGCCAAAGCUGGGCUUGCUGCCUUCCUGAGGGGUAUAUUGCUGAUGAUUCCUUUUCCAUUCUUGGUAAAGCGUUUGCCCUUCUGCCAAAGCAAUGUCAUCUCCCAUACAUACUGUGACCACAUGUCAGUGGUAAAGUUAUGCUGUGCCAGCAUCAAGGUCAAUGUCAUUUAUGGUCUGAUGGUUGCUCUCCUGAUUGGAGUGUUUGACAUAAGUUGUAUAUCUGUGUCCUACACUAUGAUCCUCCGUGCAGUGGUCAGCCUCUCAUCAUCAGAUGCUCGGCAGAAGGCCUUCAGCACCUGCACUGCUCAUAUAUCUGCCAUCAUCAUCACCUAUGUUCCAGCAUUCUUCACUUUCUUUACUCACCGUUUUGGAGGGCACACCGUUCCCCCUUCUGUUCACAUCAUUGUGGCUAAUCUUUAUCUGCUUCUUCCGCCAACUUUAAACCCCAUCGUUUAUGGAAUAAAGACAAAACAGAUCCGAGACAGUGUCACAAAGUUUUUCCAGGGUGAGAAGGGUGCAAGUUGA